AUGGUGGAGCUCACUGCUGAGGAGAAGGCAGCCAUCACUGCCACAUGGACUAAGGUGAAGGCAGAAAAACUUGGUGUUGAGUCCCUGGAAAGAAUACUGACGGCUUAUCCACACACCAAGAGAUACUUUGACCACUUUGGAGACUUCUCCUUCUGUACUGCCACUGAAGGUAACCCCCAGCUGAAGGCUCUUGGUAAGAAGAUGAUGGAAUCCUUUAGUGAGGGCCUGAAACACCUGGACAACCUGAACUACACCUUUACCAGCCCGAUUGAGCUGCACCGUGACAAUCUUCAUAUGGAUCCUGAGAACUUCAAGUUCCUGGGCAGCAAGAAAGUGAUUGUGCUGUCUCCACACUUUGGCAACAACUUUACUCCAGCACUGCAAGCUGCUUUUGAGAAGCUGGUGGCUGCUGUUGCAGAUGCUAUGAUUUACAAGUAUUACUGA